AUGCCAGCCCGCAUAGCGACCGGUCUCGUUGUCUUUGAAAGCACAAACACGAGAACCAAAACGCCAUUCGAAUUCGCAAUCAUCUGGGGAGACAGCUCGAUACCGAAGACUCCAGACGAAACCUUACACCUCGGCGUGAAAUCGUUGUUCCUCCGCGUGGGCGCUGUCUGCGAGGUUCUCUUUCUAGCCAACGAGCCUGGAAGGACGACGCCUCAGCGGGCAUAUUGCGUGGUUGAUGGCAAGCAAGGACGUUUCGAGUGGUUCGGUGAAGCACGACCUCCUCCAGGGUAUGGUACCGUCCUUGGGAUCUAUACGGCUCGUACUAUGGACGUGGAAAGCACCAAAGAGGUGCACGACAAGCUCCUUACGCAAGCCGCCGAGCCACUCACGUUGAAGAUCACGUCGCUCAAGUGGGCCCUCAGGACCAUAAUAAGAUCAGAUUUCUUUGACAGGAUCUUCAUGCCGUGGCUUCCGCGGCCGCGCAAUUAUCAAACAGGUGAUAAAUCGCUAGUUUCUUGGAUCGAAUAUAUGGAGGAUUUCGCUACUGAUAUCAAGAGGGACUUCUAUCAGAAUGGACAGGGAGUCGUGAGCGUUUAUGUGGCAAACACUGAGGGACCAUCCUCAGACGGCGCGGAGAGGGCGGGUAAUGUCUGCCUAAAAUCAUACUACGUUGGUCUGCAUUUCGGUGGGAUCCUAGAAUGA